AUGUUGCUCGUCUUACGGAGACGAAAAGAAAAAGAAAAGUAUAUUUCAUUGCUCCGAGCCGGACCGGUUGGCCCAACAUUUUCCGGUUCAAUAGAACCGUACGGAAGGGCUACAGACGGGUCUUUGUGGCGUCGAACCGGGGAAACAAGAGAAGCCGGCCGGCCAUGGCGGAAACCCAAGGUUUUGGGUCUCGGCUCCGCUCGCCCUUCCCUCUCUCCUCGUCUCACUUAUGGCUGGAAACGCAGACAUUCAAUUCGUAUCCUCCUCCAUCAGGAUUCCUCUUCGCUCGCUAGGGCAGAACAUCGGGCCUACGCGGGAGGGACGAGGAGGAGCGGGUUUCAUCAGCGAGUUGCCGGGAGAGACGCUGGAACAGGCCGAUCUGAGGACCGCGCUACCGGAGCGCUGAAGUUCUCCGGCCGAAUUCGGUGCUCACAGUGUGGGAGGUGCAGGAGGACGUUCUCAGGAUUAUCCAUACCGGCUGUUCUCUUUGUGCGUCGCCUGUUGCCUUUGGCAUUAGGGAUAGUAUCCGAUUGGUCUUUCAGUGGCAACGGUUAUGAUGAAAUGCAAUUUACCAAGUUGUUUGUGCUCAAUGUGGAACAAGAGCUUCCUUGCCUUCCUGAGUGGUUGUGUUUCAACAAGUGUCACAGGUUAUUACAGGUUAUGAAGAAGGUGCAUAAGUUGUGGUUGUUCAUGUGCAGUUGGAUGCUGAGAAAUCUCCUUUGGAAUGGUGAUCCAGCUGAAGGGCAAAACCAGGCAAUGGAUCGGGUUAUGGGAUUGGUAUUCAUGUGGACUUCUCGUUGGGGCCUAUCUUCCUGGAGUAUGCAUUUGACGAUAAAAAUACGAGGAGGUUUCACUUUAAGAGUUGGAUAUCACCAGUAGCUGUUCUUGCAUGUUUGCUUCAAAAGAAUCUGUCACAUUGCAUAGGUCUGUCACUUUUAGUGUGUCUGUGGUUGUCCUUGCUUAAUGGUAUCUUGCUUUCCAAACA